AUGUCACUUUCUGCUGAAUCACCCAGUGAUGGGGUGAAGGUACCUUUCAAUACUGGAUGGAAUAGAGCUCAGGUGACUGUCGAUGCUGCGGCAAAUCCAGAAUGGAACAAAAGCCACAGGACACUGGAGGCAAAGCAGACACCUCGAACACAUGGGACAGUUCUGUCCAGGAGCUUCUAUCAGCUCUACCUUUGGAAGACCACCAGCUCCCAAAUCUCAA